GAGAGAACAUUUUCUCCUAAGUUCUCCGGCAAGCUCAUAUCCUAAUAAAACUUCCUAGACGAGACUCACACCACAUUUUGACUAGGAAACUUAAAAAAAAAAAAAUCAGACUGUCAUCUUCCUGUUACUUGUUCCCUUUCUCCGGAACGCUCCCAUCCCCCAACCUUUUCUGGGAAGUUUGCACGCUGAAAAGUUUUCUUGAGACAGUUUACGCCAUCUCACUUAACCAGUAGGAUGGGGACGAUCAACCUUGGCAAAGGAGGAAAAAAAAAACGAGGGUGGGGGCGGGAGGUGCUAGCGAGUUCCAGACAGGCUUUUCCUUUGAACUUCCAAAUCGGCAUCCGUCCCGGAAGUAGCCCCCUCUGAGUAUCUGCGUGGGACCUCCGGGUUUGGGGAUUUGGGUACAUCUCCAGGCGGCUACCACCCACUUGCUACUAUGCAACAUCACGAGCCCGCCUGAGACACAUCUGGAUGGAGGCUCGCGUCCCAGUUUGUGGGCCACUGCCGCCAAGGCUGGCUCCCGGGAGUGAGUGCGGAAAUGCGAGCGGGCGCGGAAGCGCACCGCUCGGAGGAGUUGGACCUCUCCCAGUUUACGGUCACUCCAACAUCUUUCUCACCGUCGGCUACUGUCACCAGUCUCUGGCUCCUCCUCCCUGAAGCCGCCCAUUAGGUCUUACAGCCAAUAGAAACUCCCGGCCUCUUUCCACCGCCCCGAACCCUUUCCACACCCCCACGUUCCGAGAGAAGAUUGGCUGUUUCGCCCUCCGCGAGGCACCUACUUCUGCAAGGCACUCUCGGCUUCUGGUAGGCAGAGCGGCGCGUCACUCCGCAAGGCCGGGCCCGCCCCCUCCACCUCAGUUCAGGCUCCCUUCCUGCGCAGUUCUCCACCGCAGCCUCUGCAGGGAAGAGCCGGGCUACUCUCGAGGCUCAGUGGUCGGACUGCGAGGUGCGAGCCCCGGCGAGCCACCGUGCGCACCGCCCCGAGUGGCCAACAAGCGGGAGCGCGGCGUCCUUCUCUCCUCUCCCGAGCAGUCCCUGUGCCAAUAGUUACCAUUGAACCGACUUUCCGUUCCAGUUGCGGCUUCUCCCGGGCAACAUGUCAAGAGCCGCCGCCGCUCCAGCUGCCGCCGCCACCUGGGGAAGAGCAGCCGCAGGGGCGGCCGCGGGCGAGCGGGGUCAAUAAACCGAGUCACCCGGACAUCCAGCGGGCCGAGGGACAAUCUCCGUGCUCACUGCUCCGGCGGCCCGAGCUAUGUGUUGAGCCAUGCCCCUGGGCGCGCCCACGGGCCGCGCAUGGGGCAGCGCUUGAGCGGUGGCCGGCCCUGCCUCGAUGUUCCGGGUCGGCUCCUGCCGCAGCCACCGACGCCCCCGUCGCCGGUGAGGAGGAAGCUCGCGCUGCUCUUCGCGAUGCUCUGCGUCUGGCUGUACAUGUUCCUGUACUCCUGCGCCGGCUCCUGCGCCGCGGCGCCGGGGCUCUUGAUGCUGGGCUCGGGGUCUCGCGCCGCGCACGCCCCGCCAGCCCUGGCCACGGUUUCGAAUGGGACGCCCUCCAGGUUUCCUUUCCGGGCGUUGCCGGCCACGGCACUGGCUGCCGGCAAGGACAUGGCAGAAGGCGCCGCGAGCCAGGAGGAGCAGAGUCCCGAGGCGCCGGACUCUCCUAGUCCCAUCUCCAGCUUCUUUAGUGGGUCUGGGAGCAAGCAGCUGCCGCAGGCCAUCAUCAUUGGCGUGAAGAAGGGCGGCACGCGGGCGCUGCUGGAGUUCCUGCGCGUGCACCCCGACGUGCGCGCCGUGGGCGCAGAACCCCACUUCUUUGACCGCAGCUACGACAAGGGCCUCGCCUGGUACCGGGACCUGAUGCCGCGCACGCUGGAGGGACAGAUCACCAUGGAGAAGACGCCCAGCUACUUCGUCACGCGGGAGGCGCCCGCGCGCAUCUCGGCCAUGUCCAAGGACACCAAGCUCAUCGUGGUGGUGCGGGACCCGGUGACCAGGGCCAUCUCGGACUACACGCAGACGCUGUCCAAGCGGCCGGACAUCCCCACCUUCGAGAGCCUGACGUUCAAAAACAGGAGCGCGGGCCUGAUCGACACGUCGUGGAGCGCCAUCCAGAUCGGCAUCUACGCCAAGCACCUGGAGCUCUGGCUGCGCCACUUCCCGGUGGGCCAGAUGCUCUUCGUGAGCGGCGAGCGGCUCAUCAGCGACCCGGCGGGCGAGCUGGGCCGCGUGCAGGACUUCCUGGGCCUCAAGCGCAUCAUCACGGACAAGCACUUCUACUUCAACAAGACCAAGGGCUUCCCCUGCCUGAAGAAGGCCGAGGGCAGCAGCAAGCCCCACUGCCUGGGCAAAACCAAGGGCAGGACCCACCCCGAGAUCGACCCCGCGGUGGUGCAGAGACUGCGCGAGUUCUACCGGCCCUUCAACCUCAAGUUCUAUCAGAUGACCGGGCACGAUUUUGGCUGGGAUUGAGUGGACCCUGGCUGUGUAAUUUACCAUGUGGCUUAUAUAUUAAGAGAUUAUAUGUAUGUAAAAUGUACAGAAAUCUAUUUUAUAAUAAUUUAUUUUUAAUUCAUAAGCAAUUAAUUCACUAAGCUGCCUAGCCACACUCUUUAGAGAGUUAGCUUCAUGAUUUGUUAACAUUCCAAAGUGUUUAAUUCUGAUAUUUUGUUCUAUGCCUCACAAUUGAUGGUGCUUCCAUUUCUCCCCCUUCCUUCCCUAUUGUAUUUAAAAAGAAGAAAAGCACAACUUGAGAUUUUUGUUUUUACGGGUAUUCAGCUUUCAUUUGCUGUCCCAGUUCUCUGGUUGCUGUCUGCUUUUGUCUGGGGCUCCAUGAUCCAGCUUCCAGUCUCUUCUGCUUGUGUACCUCCUAGGAGCACUGAGCUGCCCCACUGUGCUAUAUUCUGAAGAUCAGGCCUCACGUAGCAGCUUCCUCAGCCAUGUGUAGUCUUUCCAAUGGUACAGACUGCCAACACCGUGCUGAGGGUUUUCCUCACAUCCACUAAGAAUGGGGCUUGACAUCACCACUUACGUAGGGACACCUAUAUCCCUUUAGAGUUUGGGUGACCGGGUCCACUUCUUUCAGCAUUUGAUGUUGAAGGAUGGCAUAUCGUCCCCUUCUGCCCCAUUCUUUGGUCUGGUAACAGUCUGAAGUGUGUGCAAAUGUUAGUCCCUCUGUCCCAGGUCACACGCUUAGGUGCUGCUUUAGCAAUAAAGAUGAUCUUUUGUAGUUUGCAUGGCUGUGCACUAUGCUCUUUUCUCCAGGCAGACAGUUCUGCUGUGACACACCAAAGAAUUCAUUUACUUGCAGAGCCACUGGCACAAACCCAAGGCACUGAGUGGAGAGGGGACAGGUGCAUCCCUUACCACUAGCAUCUCCCAAGCUGUUGCCAGAUGCAGAACUGGGCUGUAGCCUCACAGCCUCCUCACAGGGGAUAAAAGGCACAGACUCCGAACUGAGAGGCAGCCUGGCAGAGAAAGGAACUCCUGGCGUCUCAGAUUGCUGUUGCUGUGGAAUUUUUAGCUCAUCUCAGAAUGGCCACAUGGUCUGUAACAAUUCCAGCAGCAAGAACUAGGAGUGGCCCUUGAAAGGCAUGGUGCAAAUGCUGACCCUGUGUCCUGUAGGUACUUGGGCCAGAUGCUUGUGCAGCUGUCCUGUAUCAGCCAGGUCUUGGCAAAAAGGGUGCCGACAUUGUUACUACUGUGCAGAUGGCUCUCCCCAUCCCUCUGUGCCACAAGUACAGGUAGGGAUCAUUGAUGCUAAGCAGCUGGUGACAACUGGACAGCCAUGUAGUGGCAUCACACAAUGACCUAUUUAGUUAGUCCUCAGUUUUCUAAACCAGAAUAGUUCUAUCACAAGAAAAUUGUUUUUUGAGUUAUACUUUCCUCAAGGAAUAUGUGGGAAGAUAUACUAUACUGAUUGUCAAAACAGUUGAAUUGUGAUAUUUACAGAGGAUGCCUUUGUAUGUUUUAUGGGAAAACUUGACUCAUUGGGUAAGAAAAGUUAUAUGAAAAGAGGAGAGAAUAAUUUAUAUGUAGAAACUAAUCCAGAGAUGUUACUGGUCUUUCAGGUGACAUUUUGAUAAUCUAGCUUGUAUUUGUCCAUAACUUUUAGCCCAGCUCUUAACAGCAAAAAUAUGUGGGCAGGCUGAAUUGAGGGAGGAGGAUGAAUAGAGGCUCUGUGUGCUCCUUAAAUGUUAUAUCCAAUUUAUAUAAUGUGUUUAUUGUCUUAACAAAAUGCUGUAGAACCUGCACUCAGUGCAACACUGUAGUCGUGGUGUGUUCUCCACUCCUCCUGCUUGGGUGUGAAUAACAGCUACCUAAGGGUGCUAAUUGGUUGUGCAUUUUCUGUUUGGAAGGCUCACUUGCAGUCAAAGUAGAACAGCUCUUUGCAGUGACUGCAUAACUUUGCUUGAAGUAAGGCAGUGGCCCAAGUCCUUCACCGCAUCUCGCCCUGUUGACUCUGUGGCCACACUCAUGGUCUAAGGGUGGCUCAUGAUGUAGAAUUGCAGAGUAGUUUAGAGAACAUUAUGCAGCAAAAACCACAGGCAAGCAUAUCUGAGCUUUUCCUUCCCCUUCAGGUCCCUGACCUUUCAAGCUGGACAAUUUUUGAUUGUUUAUUACCAGCUUUAAAAUAAAACUGAAACAGGAAAUUUUCAGAUAGGAAGGUCAUUUAGUCAUGAACACUGAAGUGGGUCAAAAUUCUAUUCUAGGUCAAGUCCUUGAAUUCAAACAGAUGUUGAUAAUUAGCAUGGAUGGAAUAGGGCAAAUAUUUCCAAGUAAGACAAAUAAAUACAAAAUCACAUGUGUCUCUUAUAGGGUCUGAUAGCUCACAGUUCCUGGCUGAUAUGGAUGCUGCCUCUGCCCCAAGGUUACACCUCAUGUGAUAAUUAUUACAGCCUUCAGGUCUUCCUCUUGGGGAAGUUAGGCAGUAAAGAAACUGAACCUUGGGUUUCUUCCUGUUGUAGCCAUCUGCAAAAUCAUCAAACUUAGCAUUUUAGCUGCGAAAAGACAAACACCAAGUCAUGUUUUGGCAAUUCAGUCCAGCACAUGUUUUGGGUUUCUUUUAGGAAACACAAAAGCAAAGCUCUGGUAUUCUCUGGAGUGCUUUAUUCUCAGUUUUGUUUUCUUUCUUCAUUUAAUAUCAA